ACGAGAUCCUCAAGACAAGGAGGAAAACAGAGUCUGUCCUUACCACACCCUGCUCAAUCUUUUCUUCCUUGUUUUACCCACCUCUUCUCUCGUUUCUCUUUCCUCUCCUUAUCCUCUUCUUCUCCAACAUUGUUCUCUACAUCUCAGUUGACGAGAUCCUCAAGACAAGGAGGAAAAUAGAGGCUGUUCUUACCACACCCUGCUCAAUCUUUUCUUCCUUGUUCUACCCACUUCUUCUCUCGUUUCUCUUUCCUCUCCUUUUUCUUCUUCUCCUCUCCUUCUCCAACAUUGUUCUCUACAUCUCAGUUGACGAGAUCCUCAAGACGAGGAGGAAAACAGAGGUUGUCCUUAUCACCACACCCUGCUCAAUCUGUCCUUCCUUGUUCUACCCACCUCUUCUCAAUCUUCUCUUCCUUCUCCUUCUUCUCCACUACUGUUCCUUCUUCGGCCAUCCUCCCCACGACGAGUACCUGACGGGUAGGAGAGGUCUGUCCUCCUAUAAAUUGGCAACUCCGAGCCAUAAUCCUCAAACUGCUUUCCAAGCUUCAAGUGAGAUCUUUGCGAUUUGUUAAGUGUUCCAACACAACCCAUACUAGCGCAAUGGCUUCCUUCAAGGUUAUGCUUUUCGUCGUCCUGGUCGCCGUGGCCGCCGUUGUCUGCGCUGAGGAGCGCGUUAAGAAGGCCGCCAUCUACCCCUACGCCGCUGCCGCCUACGCCUACGGCUCUCCCUACGCCUAUGGCGCACCCAUCGCCGCUCUGCCCUACGGUCAGGCUUACGCCGCUCCCUACGCCGCCUACCCUUACGCCAAGGCUUUCUACGCCGCCCACGAUGACGGAAGCUACUUCCCAGGCAAAUACGACCCAUACUACUAAGCAGUUUCACCCUCUUCUUCUUCUUCUCUCUGCUUCUCUUCCAACCAUCUCUAAUGAUCUUCAAACUUUUGGAAAUUCUCUUGCAAUUUGAAAAAAAAAAUCUGAAAUAGUUUCUCUGGAAUAAAACGUUUCUUUGCCACCACCAAAA